AUGGAAGUGGUAAAUGAGAAAUUAGCAUCAAUUUUCAGUUUAGCCCAAAAAGAAAAGAAACGGUCGCGUGCGUCCUGCUGUGGCCUGACUCGCGUGUCGCCGCCCCCGCCGCCUGGCGCCGCUCCGUCCCCGUCUCGCUGCCCCGGCCCCCGCCGCCUGGCGCCACCUGCCCCCGUCCCGCCGGCCCCGCCCCCGCCGCUUGUCGCCGCCCGCCCCCGUCCCCGCCGCUUGGCGCCCGUCCCGCCCCGUCCCCGCCCCCGACCCCCGCCGCCAUCUCGCCCGGACGCCUGGCACCGCCCGCCGCCUCUCGCGGCCGACACCUGGCACCGCCGACACCUCACCUGGCGCCGUCGCCGCCUCUCGCGACGCCGCAGCCUCGCGUCGGCGCUUGCCCCCACUGAAUCGCUGCACCGUCUCCAGGCCCUGGUGUGUAUGAUGGAUGCUAAUGACGAUACAGAGGCAAGAGAAGAAUAUAUGAUGAUGGUCAAUCAGAUAUUUGAUAGCGAAGAACAAGGUUACGAGCACUACAACCGAUAUGCGAAAGAGAAAGGGUUCAGUGUCAGAUUGGAUGAGAAAGAGUAUGUGGCUGGGACCCAAGAAGUUAAAGGAAGACGUUUUGUCUGUUCUAGAGAAGGGUACCGUUUGCAGAAGUACUUUGAAGCAACUGAGCAAAAGAGGGAGCCUCGAGCGCUGACUCGUUGUGGAUGUAAAGCUAUGCUUGAGAUUCACCGUUUAGCUGGUACGGAUCAGUGGUUUGUCAAGAAUUUUGUUGAUGAUCAUACUCAUCCACUAGCUGACCCAGAACAUGUUGUUUUUAUGCAGUCUCAUCGUCGGAUGACCGACGCCCAAAAAGCUGAUGCGGUUGAAUUUGGAAUAGGUGGCCUUCGUACGUGCGAAAUAUAUGACGUGAUGGUGACUCAGAGCGGUGGUUUUGACAAGUUAGGAUUUGUUUCCAGAGACAUGUACAAUUUCUUCGCCAGGUACAAGAAGAAAAGAAUUUUAGGCAUGGAUGCUGAAUUUGUGUUGAACCACAUGAAAGCGCAGGUCGAACGAGAUGCUGAGUUUUUCUUCAAACACACUACGGAUGACGACGGACAUCUUAGAAAUUUAUUCUGGGCAGAUACACAAUCUCAAAUAGAUUAUGAUGCAUUUGGUGAUGUGGUUGUUUUUGACAGCACAUAUCGGGUGAACCGGUACAAUCUACCUUUUGUUCCAUUUAUCGGUUUGAAUCAUCAUCGAAGUACAGUUGUUUUUGGGGUUGGUAUUAUUUCAGAUGAGACUGUGGGGUCAUAUGAGUGGCUACUUCAUACCUUCCUGGAGGCGAUGAGCUAUAAACACCCAAUAUCUGUGAUCACUGAUGGAGACUCCGCUAUGAGGAAAGCAAUUAAGAAAGUUUUGACGACGACAGACCAUCGGCUAUGCAGCUGGCAUAUUGAGCAGAACAUGAUACGUCACCUGCGUAAUCCCAUGCUUGAUGACUUCAGAAAACUCGUGUAUGUGUGAAUGGGGAGUUAUGAAUUUGAGAGAUGUUGGGCUGAGUUUAAGGAGAAAUAUAAUACGAAGAAACAGAAAGCAUGGAUGACCAGAAUGUACAAACUUAGGAAGAAGUGGGCAGGGGCUUAUACUAAGGGAAGGUAUUUCUUGGGCAUGCAAAGCAACCAGCGUAGUGAGAGUCUGAACUCUAGGCUCCAUACUCAUCUAGACCGGAAAAUGACGGUUGUUGAUAUGGUUGAGCAUAGUGAGCACUUUAUGUCACGCACUCGAAGGAACGAGGCUGAGCUGGACGCAAAGUGUUCACAAUCAUUUCCUUUUACUAGAAUAAAUGCUCACCCUUUAGAGAAGAGUGCUUCACGUAUUUAUACACCACAGAUGUUCAAGAGGGUAAGAGAUUGUAUAUGGCGAUCAUGUGCAUGGGAGAUUGAAGAGCAGACAGAAGUAGAUGGAUUUGUACGGUAUUUAGUAUCCUUAAAAGAUGGAGAAGAAGGAGGGAGAAGAUGUACGCUCUUUGUAGAUUGUUCUUUCGAUGGUUCUUCGGUACAAGGUGUCAUUUGUGGUUGCCGCAAGAUGGAGUGCGAAGCAAUUCCAUGUGCACACAUAUUUGCUGUUCUGGAUCAUCUAGAUGUAGAAACCAUUCCUAGAUGCUGUGUUAGUAAGAGGUGGACAAUGGAAGCCAAGGCUGCAUUUGUGUCGGUGAGAAAUGCCAAUACGCAUGUGUGGUCAGCAGAGAUGAGUCGUUACCGGGAUCUUCGAAACAAGGCUAAUGCUACACUAUUCAAAGCUGCAAAGAGCACAGAGCGUUCACAGCAGGUUAUGGAUUUGCUACAAAAUAUUCUGGAUGAGCCCGUUGAGAAUGCAGCGAACACCGAGGAGACAUCAUUUGGCCCUAUACCGGCCCACUAUUCUGCUUCUACACGUGCCACUGGGGAGAGAGUACUUGAUCCAAAAGUAAUUAUUCCGAAAGGUGCUCCAUCUAAGAAGAGAAUGAAGCCAGUUCAUGAGAAAGUAUGGGAGUCCAGAAAGCGCAACAGGAGAGCUAGGAAAUGCAGUGAAUGUGGCAGUCUGAACCAUGACAUUCGGAAAUGUCCUGAUCUCGGGAGAGAUUGAUCUAGAAGACUAUAAGAGAGGUUCUGUCCAUUUACACAUACAUACGUGAAAUGUCUAUCUGCGGUUCUGUUUGGGUGCACAUGACUGAGAAUUCGAGGCGGAAGCAAAGAAUAGUACGGAGACAUGAAGUUUGGUUUCAGUUUCUAUUUCAUGUAUUCGCCGAUACCUGAAGUUUGGUUUUGUUGUCGUAUAUGUACUGGGCCGUUAAAUUUGGUUACAUUUUGUAGCAUCCUACAAGGAAUUGAUUUGUUUUGUAGACAGUACGGGUGGUGUGGUACUGCGACUAGUUCAAAAAUAUUGAGUGCAA